AUGGGUUUAGGCACUUUCAAGAAAGAAGAUUCUCAUAUUGGUGUGGUUUUAGGUUUGUUAUGCUGUAUCGUAUUGAUGUUGUUUAUAGUUUGUAUAAUGAUUUGGUUGUUUGUAUUGCAUCUUUGUUUUUCUUCCUUUUGUUUCUUUACCAUUUUAUUAAGUAUUGUAGAAAAGGAUGACAGUGUUAAUGUGCUGCCGGUAGUUGUGGUUUUGGUGUUCUCUCUGAACCCUGGUUUAACGUUCUGCACGGAUCUUGUGGUUAUUUAUUUUGGUAUGGAU